AUGGACACGAACAUGGGCGGAGCGGAAACACAUUUGUCGUCAACAGUUUCACACCCGGCACAAACAAAAUCGGAAAAACUACCGACGACCGUUGAAAAGCCCACGCCAUACACCUACGACUUGGGCUACCUGACCGCCAUCGACCCAAACCCUCUCCCCGCCACUUCCCACCUCCUCUCUCAAACCCUCUCGGAGCGUAACGACACACUAAGACAAAUAGCCCGCGAUGGCGCACAAUCCCUUCUCAACACGCUCCUCACAACCUGCCCGAUCCAAUCCACCCCAGAGGGUCUGAUAAUGACUCUGCCGGCACCACAGCACUACCUGCCGCGGUGGAAGCCGCUGCCGAAGCCGAAGCCGCCGACGAAGUGGGAGCUGUUCGCGCGCAAAAAGGGCAUCGGCAAGUACGGGGGUAACCUGAAGGGCGGGGCCGCGCAGGAGGAGAGGCGCAAGAACCUGGUGUACGACGAGGAGAGCGGGGAGUGGGUCAAGAAAUGGGGCUACAAGGGACGGAACAAGAAGGACGAGUCCGACUGGCUUGUCGAGUUGGACGAUGAGGCCGUCAAGAAAGAGAAGGCCGGUGCCGAUGCUGGCGACGGCAGGACAAUCAGAGGCGAAGGGCGGCGGGAGCGGGUGGAGAGGAUCAAGAGGCAAGAGAGACGGCAGAGAAACAAUGAGCGUCGAACAAGGAAGGGUGGAAAGACGGGUUGA